ACUGAACAGGAAGGAAUAUGGAGGUUUGAUGCGCUUCUAUCAUAGUCCUGUGAAAUUAUCGGAUAUUUCUAGUAAAGUCCCACAAUACAGAAGGAGAAUUAACCAGCGGACUUUAAAACUGCCAGAGCAGCCUUUUCUUGCGGAGUUUCUAAAGCGCAAGUAUUUGGAUUGGAAAGGAGGCAAGGACCAGUACUUAUGGUGAUAUACAUUGUGUGCCAUUAAAUGAAUGUGUGAUAGAUUUGAGAUGAGCAACAACAGUAACAAGAGAGCUCCCACAACAGCAACACAGCGAUUAAAGCAGGACUACCUUCGAAUAAAGAAAGACCCUGUGCCUUACAUCUGUGCAGAGCCCCUCCCUUCCAAUAUUCUAGAAUGGCACUAUGUUGUACGAGGACCUGAGAAAACCCCAUAUGAAGGUGGCUAUUAUCACGGGAAACUGAUUUUCCCUCGUGAAUUUCCUUUUAAACCUCCUAGUAUUUAUAUGAUAACUCCUAAUGGAAGAUUUAAAUGCAACACAAGGUUGUGUCUCUCAAUUACUGAUUUCCACCCUGACACGUGGAAUCCAGCUUGGUCUGUCUCCACUAUCCUGACAGGCCUGCUUAGUUUUAUGGUUGAGAAAGGCCCCACGCUGGGUAGUAUUGAAACCUCAGACUUCACUAAAAGACAACUUGCUGCUCAGAGUUUGGCUUUUAAUGCAAAGGAUAAGGUUUUCUGUGAUCUCUUUCCUGAGGUGGUAGAGGAAAUCAAGAACAAACAACAGGCACAGGAAGAGCUGAAUAACAGAGCCCAGGCCCUGCCUCUCCCGGACGUUGUCCCCGAUGGUGAAGUGCACAACGGUCACAACGGACUGCCCCUUCUCAACGGCCAUGCGGCUCUAGCAGGGGCAAACCAGCAAGGCCUUCAACAGGCCAACCGCAACCAUGGACUUCUCGGGGGAGCCUUAGCAAACCUGUUUGUCAUAGUCGGGUUUGCAGCCUUUGCCUACACAGUAAAGUAUGUACUGAGAAGCAUAGCACAAGAAUGAGGAGACAUGGGCAUUCAUGACCAAAUCAGGGCUGUCUGCAAACAAAAAUGGGCCUGUCGGCAAGGCCACUGGAAAUGGAGGUAAAGCAACUAAGUGCUGCAGUGAUGCAAACACAGUAUUGUCUGGCUCAUGGGUUUACAAAGGCCUUUCAGUUUUUGGAAAUAAAUGGUACUGCUAAGAAUUGGGUUACAAAUCGCAAAUUGUUCAUGCAACCCAUUUUUGUAAGAUGUUACUGAGUGUAUGAUACAUUCUGUGUGGUGAAACAAGUUUAGCAAAGACAUUUCAAAAUAACAUGGCCAGUAAAUUAGAAACUCUUCAUUCCAUAACCAGGGAAGACUCCUUUCCUGUAAAUAACAUUACAAGAAAAUAUAAUAGUUCAGUGUAGGCGAGUUGCAUCGUUUGGAUCCAAAGAUAUUUAUUUCAUUUGUUUAAGGUUGUACUUAAUAUGUACAUGGCUUCAACAAUUAAGGGGAUUUCUACAACAUAGCUAGCCCUGGACAUGGUUACAGUGUUUUGUCAUUUUAAAUUAAUCAAUUCAUGUUGUAAUUACCUGUUGAAGCAGAUUCAGUCAGUAAGUCACUGCCUAUUAUUUUUAUCUAAUCUUUUGAAACAUCAAAUACACUUUCAUGUUUUGUCCACUUGAUGUCACCGUUACCCCUCUCUAAGGACUCCAGCUGUAUUGGACAGUUUGCCUUCCAAGCCUGUUCGCACACAUACUUUUUUCAUUUAUUCAGAGGUCAUUUUGUUGUGAAUAAUAGCCAAAAAUAGAACACUACUUUAUUUAGGUAAAGGUGUGUGUGUGUGUGUGU